CAAUAUUUUUUAAAUAAUUAGGAGAGUUCAAUAACCAAUUUUUAUUUGAAAAUAAACGCAUAAUAAGGAUCCUAUUUUUUUUUUAUAAUCAUUACUAUGAAGAAACGCUCAAAAUCACCAACAUUAAAUAUGCAGUCGAGAUCAAAGACUCCUGAUUUUAAACAUCCUAAGCGAAAUCAUAGUUCAAUUGCUACUGCUGCUACUAAAACUAAAUCAAAGGCAACGAUAACAAUGGACAUGAGAAACCAUGAUGUUUGCGAUUCAUGUGGAGAAACUGGGCAAUUCCUGUGUUGUGAUGCCUGUCCCAAUGCUUUUCAUUUCACUUGUGUAGAACCUCCCAUGAACUCUGACGAUGUAGCUAAGCUUAAAGAAAAAUGGUAUUGUACCGAGUGUGAGCUUAAGCAAAACAUUGGAAAGCGAAAAGUUUCCAAGCCAGCAACUAGCAUUCGAGGCAUAUUCGAAAACCUCGUAAGUGAUCUCACCAUGAAAAAUCCAAAAGCAUACCGAUUGCCAAAUGAUAUUGUUAAUUAUUUUAAAGGCGUGGCUUCCGAUAAGCAAGGAAGAUAUGUCGACACAACCAAGGUGAAAUCUGUUCGAUACAGAAAUGGCCUACCUGAUCGUCCCGAUUAUCGCCAAUUAACUGAUAGAAAUGGAAAAUUUCGCCUUUGCUACUAUUGCAGAAAGACUGCGCUAAAAAAGCCUAUGGUCAGUUGCGACUUUUGUCCUCUCUAUUGGCAUCUCGAUUGUCUGAAUCCGCCAUUAGCAAUACCACCCAACCCAGCAAGAAAAUGGAGAUGUCCAAACCAUAUUGAAAACUUUAUAAAGACGCCAAGGGAGCCUAAGAAUGCUACCCAAGUAACAAUCAACCGUGAAAAUCCGAUGCCUUCUAGCGCAUAUCACCACCACCUUUCAAAGAUCAUUCAAAGCGAAUUGAAUGAUAAUAACCAUGUAGAUAGUAAAUCCAAAAUAACAAGAGCGGAAAAUAUUAUAACCAGUAAAACUGGUACUGUCUAUAGAAUCCCUGUAAAUCCAAUCCAAGCUGACAUUUCCAGCCAUACUAAAAGACGAUCAUCCAUACCAUCCACAACCGCAAGUUCGUCUUCCAGUGAAGUAAAUACUCCUCCCACCUUCGAAUCUCCCAUUCAAUCUCAUAAACCCAUAUCGCAUUCCCUCGACACACAUACAAGCAAUAAUAACAACGAAGAAAUCCAAUCCUGGCUUCAAAGUAUGGCCUUACUCCAAGCGGGUAAUCAGCAUAGCAACGACGACCAAAGCAUCCUGACACUUAUUCGUGCAGCCACCCAAACAUCACCGCCUCUAUCACCUACUCCCUCCAGAAAGAGGAAAUCUGUUAUGCCCAGCCAACAAUAUGAAAAAUAUCGAAGGAUCGAACAAUUAUUACAAUCAAAAACAGAACAACAAUUGUUUGAUCUCUUUCGCAACUAAAAACCCUUUCUUUUUUUUUUUUUUUUUUCACAAAUACAUUGACCCCGAUAUAUUAAUGAAUCGCCACAAUUGUAGGUUUUAGGGUUAUUUUGUAUCGCAAC